AUGGCUACAAGCGAGAUCGUGCGCACUAAAGAUGGGGUGCCGCAGUGGGAUGGCAGUGCAAACAGUUUUACCUCCUACGAGGAGGCCUGCUACCUGUAUGAAGCCGGCACGGAGAUGCACAAGAGAAGCCUGUGUGGACCGAGGUUGAUCUCGGAGCUCACAGGAGCCGCGAAGCGGAUGGUCUCCGGCCGCAGCCCGACGUGGGUGUCGAAGUAUGAUGGUGUUCGGACUCUGAUGGAGUACCUCAGGCAAUGCUUAGGCAAGCUCCAGAUACCAGAAAUGACAGAGCAUCUAUCAAGAUACUUCAAGCACUGCAAGCGUCGAGCACAAGAGUCGAUGAACGAGUACAUCACGAAGAAGGCAGAGGCCUACCUGCGAGCCGAGCAGGCUCUUCAGCGGGUGGUAGCAGGACAGAAGAAGAAGAGCAGCCCUACGGGAGUCGCAGACGGCAGCCGUAGGAGCGAGACAUGGGACUGGUACAGCAGUCGCCGAGCCAGCGCAGACAGCACCGCCGACACCGAGGCGGAUCGUGAUGAGGGCGCCGAUGACGAGACGGGCGCCCACAACACCGAGGCGGCCAGCAGCGGGGAUCGUGACUGGCAGGAUUGGUGGAGCAAUGGCACAUCUUGGUCGUGGAACUACGGCUACGGCAACUCCUAUUACUGGGGAUCGUAUGGGAGUUGGGAGCCGUACUACCGCUCCUAUGGGUGGCAAUCACAGCAAGAGAGUGAACCCGUGAUGCCGAAGGUAGAGCUGCUGCCUUCGUUUGUGCAGGGAUGGUAUUUGCUGCAGGAUGCAAACCUCAGUCAGACUGAGCGCAACCUCGUGCAGACCGCGCUCGGAGGCAGCUACGAAGUUGGGCGAGUGGCGCAGGAGUUGCGCAAUCAGUGGAGCGACAAUGAGGUGAAGCAUCGGGAUCAGAAUCGCCACUCUGGCUUCAUGGGCGAGACGCUGAGCGACAGCGAAGGCCAUGAAGGCGAGGAGCCAGACCAGGCUUGGGUUUCUCGGGAAGAUUGGGAUGAAGAGGCCAAAGUGGCCAUGGACGAUGCCGAGACCGAGGCCCACCAGGCGAUGGCGGCCAUUGCCGCGGGCAAGCGCACUUUGCGCGAAGCCCGCUACCGGCAGAACCAGGUGAGACUGGGAAGACAGUACUAUCGGAACGGGCCCAGGCAGCCUACAGGAUCUACGACAUCCGGAGCUGGACGGAGUUCCAGUGGAGGCACUGGGAAUCAGCAUGGAGACGCCAAUAUGACGUGUCUCAAAUGCGGAGGCACGGGCCAUCGGGCGGCUAACUGCAAGGACAAGGGACAAAAGGCUAUGCAAGCAGAGCAUGAACCUGAUGAACAAGCCCCCUUUGUCUGUUUCAGUGACCGAACCGUGGAGCAGUACGCCAGCUUUGCCGAGCCCGCCGAUGAUGAGAAAGCCUACAUGGGAGAGGCGGUUUUGACUACAGCUGAAGCGGUGCGUGAAGGACACGCCAUUCUGGAUGGAGGCGCAACACGAACAUUGGCCUCCGUCUAUGCGGUGGAGUGUCUCAUGAAGAAGAACCAAGGACACCACGGUCAAGAUCGAGUGAAGAGUGUGGAUGUGCAGAACACGCCCACCUUUGGCUUUGGCAACUCGAGCUCGGACCGUUGUGUGAGCACCGUGGACAUCGGCCUGACUGCCAACGGCAAGGAAGGCCAGAUGUCUAUCCACGUCCUAGACAAAGGACAAGGCCCGAUUCUCCUUUCGGUGGCCACUUUACGCCAUCUAGGAGCCUUAGUGGAUUUCAGCAACGACUUGGUCGUGUUCCGGAACUUGAGCAAGAACAAAGUGAUCAAGGUGGGAAGGUCCACCACGGGACAUCAGAUCCUCUCCCUGAAGGAUGACCUUUACAAGAACGCGACAGAAGCAGCCUGUGACAUCCCUAGCUUGCUAGAUUUUCUGCAAAAGCCAGAAUAG